AUGAUGCACGCUUUGAUUUUUCGUCUUUGUUGUUUAUUUUUAAUUUGUCGAAUCACGUACCAAACGGAGUAUUCAUGUGAUUCAAAAGCUCCAUGUGGCUGCUCUCAGUUUCCUGUCGUAGCCAAUGCUCGUAUUGUUAACGGAGAAAAUGCCGGACGCAAUACUCUAUCUUGGGCUGUAUCUAUAAAGAUUCAGGCAAAUGAAGGUUAUUAUCAAUGUGGUGGUACUAUCAUUGACGAUUCAUACAUUAUAACAGCAGCUCACUGUGUUGAUUUCAUCCGAAAUCCAUCGGAUAUAUCGGUGUAUGCUGGUUCAUUACAUGUCUUCGACGGUGUAGUGAGAUCAGCAUCAGAAAUUCAUGUACAUCCGUAUUACGACGACCAACGAAACAGAAAUGAUAUUGCUUUAUUAAAAUUAGAUCGUGCAUUAGAUUUAUCAAACGAUAACUUAUCCAAAAUCUGUUUACCUAGUACUGUUGCAACAUCAGGAGAAUAUCCUAUAGCAGGUACUUCACUGUUAGCAGCGGGUUGGGGUGAUAAAUGGUCGGAAGGACCCAGUUCAACAACUCUACAACAGGUUACGAUUCAAGCAGUGGGAGCACAAACAACAUAUUGUCAACAUAUUAUUGAAGAUCCAACGGUUCAAUUAUGUGCAGGGACAAUGCCUGGUAGCGAAAAAGAUACAUGUCAAGGAGAUUCGGGUGGUCCAUUGAUGAUGUUUAAUGCGAAUCAAACAUGGGAAUUGGUCGGUAUAAUCAGUUACGGUAGAGAUUGUGCUGUACCGGAUUAUCCUGGUGUUUAUACUCGAGUAACUUCUUACUUGGAAUGGAUCAAUACGACUAUUCCGUAUACUCCAACAUCACCGACAACACUAACAACAACACUACCAACCACAUCACCAACACAAACAACAGCCACCAAACAAACAACUACAACUGUUUUCGAUAAUUCGUCGAGUUCAAUCGGUAUAAGCACUUCUUUAUUUCUUUCAAUGAUGCUUUUUCUUUUCAAAUAUUGA